UGACAGAUCGAAUUUAUUAUCUCUAUAAAGACUCUUUCUGCUUCCUUCAGUUCAAACCCAUUUGUGAUUAUUGUACUCGUCUUCUUCUGCUUCUCUCUCUCUUGCUCCUUAUUUUCUUUCAUUCUUUCUUUCCCAGUAUGGAACUGGGUUUGAGCUUAGGAGACCCUCCCAAACCCCUUGGGUUCGUAGAAAAGCACCACCGUGACCGUGACCACUCGAACAACGACAAGGCUUCUCCAUUUUGCAUGGACUUAUCAAUCGGUCCACUACGCUCUAGAGGUGGAGAAGAAAAUGGAAGACAAGACGAACUAAAUAGCAAAGAACAGCAGAGAAGACGAGACGAGAUUUCCCAGAUUGAGGGUACUACUACUACUAACGACGGUAAAUCCGGUUCUUCCUCUGAACCCCCGGUUCAGCUCGAUCUUCUUCCCCACACUCCGGUUCCUCGCAGCCAUGGCGGCAGCGGCUUCCCUUGGUCCUCUUCCGCUGAAAUUCACGAUGGCGCUAGUGCUGGUUGUGGAAUAUUGGAACUGAACAGAGUUUCAAAAGUGGUGGUCCACACCUCCGCAGCGGAGGAGGCGGACGAUACGACGGCGCUUUCGUCCUCACCGAACUCGAACAGUGGUGGAACGUCGUCGUUUCAGAUGGACAUAGGGUUGUACAGCUACAGGGGAAGCGGAGGUAAUAAUAAGAGGGACCAGUACUCGGAGGGUGAGGCGGAGAGAUCUUCUCCUAGAGCCAGUGACGAUGAUGACGUCAACGGUAACAACCGGAAGAAACUCAGGCUCUCCAAAGACCAGUCUGCUUUUCUUGAAGAGAGUUUCAAAGAACACAAUACCCUCAACCCAAAGCAAAAGCAAGCUCUUGCUAAACAGCUCAAUCUUCGCCCUCGUCAAGUGGAAGUUUGGUUUCAGAACCGUAGAGCAAGAACGAAGUUGAAGCAAACGGAGGUUGAUUGCGAGUACUUGAAGAGGUGUUGUGAGACUUUGACCGAAGAGAACAGAAGGCUUAACAAAGAGCUUCAAGAGCUCAGAGCUUUGAAGACUUCAAACCCUUUCUACAUGCAACUCCCAGCCACUACACUCACUAUGUGCCCCUCUUGCGAGCGCGUGGCCACUACGACCAACACCGUUACUAACCCCAGUAGCACCAAUCCCACCAGUAACAACAAUGAAUCAUCAUCAUCAAAAUCAGCCGCUGGGUUUCCACUGAACAGGCCCAAAUUCUAUCCAUUUCCCCUGGCCCAGACCCAAGCCCAAGCCCAAACCCAAACCUAUACUCACCAGUCCUCUACGGCUUCAUGAUCGAAGCUGACGCUGAUCAUGGUGGUACGUUGGACGUUUUGCAUCAAAGAGUGGGUUUUUGAUUUGUACAUAGACAAAGUAAAAGAUUUCGGAGAAUGAUAAAAUAGGUUUUGUUUGAUUAAUUAAGGUUGUUUUAAUCCUUGUUCUGGGGAGAUUAAAAGAAAAAUUGGAUCUCCUAUCUUAGUCGCUGAAUUUUGUUGUGAUAGAGCGAGAGUCAGAGGGAGGAAAAGGAAAGAAAAAAACAUAUAUUUGGGUUUUAUUUAUUUAUUUAUUGUAAUAUCUUAUUACCCCUACUUUUUUACUGGGAAAAAAAUAGAAGGAAAAUUUGUAUUGCCGUUUGAAAAUA